AUUAGAAAAGGAAAAAGACUUCUGGAAGCCUCUUCCUCCACUCGCUCUCUCAAACAAACAACACACGAAGAAGAAGAAUUUGCAAAGGCUGAGCUGUUAGCAUUCUAUGAUGGAAGCCCUAACGAGCUUAUCGUCGAGGAUUUUUGCAAAGAAGUGUAUUAACAGCGUUUCUUUACGUUCCAGAGCUUGUUUUGGUAGAACUCAGCUUCAAUUCUUGCAACCUCAGAAACUUAGUAAUGUGGAUUCUUCACUUUCGUUUGAUCUGCAACGAAAGCUGAUUGGAUUCCUUUCGUGCUCUUUGUCCUCAUCCGAUGCACAGACAGACUGUGAUAACACAGAGGACCAUAUUCAAGCAACAGAUCUACCAGGUACUGUUCAUGUGAGAUUCCAAUUGCAGCAGGAGUGCUUAUAUGGCGAGAAAUUUCUCCUAGUUGGGGAUGAUCCCACCAUUGGUUUGUGGGACCCUUCAAAUGCAAUACCAUUGACCUGGUCAGAUGGACACGUUUGGACAGUUGAUCUGGAUAUACCUGUUGGAAAAGCUCUCCAAUUCAAGUUCAUACUCAAGGAAAUUACAGGGGAAAUUGUGUGGCAACCUGGCCCAGAUCGGGCUCUGCACACCUGGGAAACCAAGAAUAUGAUCACUGUUUUGGAAGAUUGGGAAAAUGCCGAAGUUCAGAAAAUAACAGAGGAACUAAUGGCUGAUCCAAAUGAAGGACCAUUGGUUAAUCCAAAUAUGGAAGACAUGACUGUUACAAAUCAGAACGUGAUGGUUGAUAUCAACCAGGAAAUGACUGUUGCAGAGAACAUAACCCAUCCAAAUGAGGAACUUGUAGCUAAUGCCAACCCAGAAUUGUUUGCUGCAGAGAACUUUAACCAUCCAAAGGAUGAAGAAAUGAUUACUGUAAACGAGGGAGAGUUCAUUGCUGAGAACACUACUCAUCCUGAAGUGGAUCUCACAGCUAAUGUGAAGAAGGAAGUGACCAAAGAAGAAAGCAGCAUUCAUUCAAACGAGGAGCCAAAGACACAUGCAAAGAUUGAAUUGACUGCAGCAGAUAACACGCUCGGAAGUAAUGGAAGAACUCUAAGUGACAAGAUCCCUGUAUUCAUAAAUAACAAAGAGAAUAUGAUUACUUGCAAAGGUCCUGUUCUGGUACCUGGCCUGACUCCAUUACCAACAGUAGCAAUGCUAAAUACAGAAGAAGUUGAGGAAACUGAUGUUGCUAGUGCCUGCGUUGAAGCUGAUGAAGCUAAAGACUGCCCUGCACCUGAGAAAAAUCAGUUAAAUGAGAAGCAAGAACCUGGUGGAGACCCACACGAGGAAGAAACAAUGGAAUCAGUGUUCAACGAUGAGACCAAGGGAGAAUUACAUGUCAAUAUUCCUGAAGAAAGACCUCAUUUAGCCAAUGGACAAGAGCUGCCCAAUCCUCGGGUGGAUGGCAUUCAAAAAAAAUCCCAUUUAACCAAUGAGAAAGGGCAGUCCAAUCCUCAUGCAGAUGACCUUCAAGAAAAUUUCCUCCUAACCAAUGAGCAAGAACAGUCCAAUUCUAUGAAGGAGGAUGGGUUUGAAGAAAAACCUCAUUUAGCGAAUGAGCAAGUGCAGUUGAAUUCUCAGUCAGAUGAUGUUAAUGUGUUGCAAAAUGAUGUCCAAUGGGGUCUUCAAUCUUUGCGCAAGUUUCUGUUGUAUCUGGGGUUUCUUUUGGAAUAA